ACUAACCCUUUAAUACGUGCAAGACAAACUCUCGCCUGCUAGCAUACCACUGAAACAACAGGAGAACCCAUUCGGAUGAUCGAUGUUGUAAAUAAUGUUGAGAUAUCAGUCCCUCACAAGGCUGCAGGACUUUCGUUUUCUAUUACAGGCUCCACCCACGAAGCACGCCAUCGUUGUUUGUUGACAUUUGAGAUCGUCCACACUGAAACGUUACAGACUUUUGUUGCUACAGAAUCGUCAUUCGUUUUUCAGAGAAACUGUGAUGAAUCUCUUUAUUUUCGUCCCAGUGUGGGUUUUCCAGCUUGGUGUGUCUGGUGUUGAUACAGACAGAAUGUCAGUGUUUGUGAUGGAGGGAGAUACAGUCACUCUAAAAACAAAUGUUAAAACAAACGAACAAGAAAAGAUUAAAUGGUUUUUCAAUUACACCCGCAUCGCUCAAAUCAAUGAUUAUCUCAGUAAGACCUGUACAGAUGUUCAGUGUAAUGAAGGUAAUGAGAGAUUCAGAGACAGACUGAAGCUGGAUCAUCAGACUGGAUCUCUGACCAUCACAAACAUCACAGACUCUGGACUCUAUAAACUACAGAUCAUCAGCAGCAAAAGCAUCAGUGAAAAGAUCUUUAUUAUCACUGUCAAUGAUGUUCCUGUGCGAGAUGAAAUGAAGACGGUGAAGGAGGGAGAAUCUGUCACUUUUGAUCCUGGUGUCAUAAUCAACACAAAUAAUUUGAUGAGAUGGUAUUUUAAUGGCAUUGGUCUAGCUGAAAUCAGUGGAGAUCAGAGUAAGAUCUGUACAGAUGUUCAGUGUAAAGAGAGAUUCAGAGAGAGACUGAAGCUGGAUCAUCAGACAGGAUCUCUGACCAUCAUGAACACCAGAACCACAGACUCUGGAGUUUAUCAUCUUGACAUCAUCACCAACAGCAGCAGCAUCCGUCAUCAGCACAGCAUCAGCAUUAUCAGUGAAAAGAGCAUUAAUUGGAUUGUGUAUGUUGCUACUGGAGUAGGAUGUGUUCUGUUGGUUGCAGUUGUAACUGGAGCGUAUUGUAGAAAACUUGCAUCUGCAAAGGUUCUCCUGUUUCCUUCCUGAAUAAAACAACUGUCCUUUAAUUGCACAGGGGAACAUACAGUAUCAUUUACAGUAAUCUAAAAAAUCUAUAUAAUUUUGACUGUGAAAGACAGCCUGUUAAUUGACUAACGGUAACUAUUACUAUAUGUGGAAAAUGUAAUAGAGCUAACCUUACAUUCAUUUUGCAGUAAAAUUGUACCAUUUUGGAAGUAAAAUUGACAAAUCAUCUUAUAAUUUACAAUGAAAAAAUCAUUGUGACAUUCCCAGAAUCCCAUGUGUGACGCUUUUUGUUGCCACUUAUGUACAUUUAUGCUAUGUUGUUAAAUAUUUAUUAAGUUUAUUGCAUUGUUGUAGUGUCAUGUGUGUUACCAUGAUAGUGUUUUGUGUUUGUGUGUAUGGCACUGUGUGCACCUUCCAUUUAUUAGUAUUUACCCCAGCUUGUGGAAAAGCUACUUGUGGUUAACUUUUGGCUUAACUUUUGGCCUAACUUUUGGCCAUGUGGUUUUUCUCUUUCCACCAGUGUCAGUAUGGUGGAAGCCAUUAUGUUUUGAAAAUACAAGCAUAUCUUAGUGGUAGCAUGUCUUUGUGAAUUUAGCAGAAAAGGGUUGUUGGAUACCAUAUAAUUUUUUUUUUUUUUUUUUGUAAAUUACAGUUUUACUUUCUGUUAAUAUGUUUACAUGGUAUUUUUGCAGAAUUAUUCAGCUGUACCCUGCUGUUUAUAAUAUUGUUCAUAUUAUUAUUCUUUUAUUUUUUUAACAAUACAUUUCCUUAAUAAAUCCUUGUACUCUUUCUCAUCCA